AUGACGGAAAUAAAUGGAAGCGCAGAGAAAUAUUUCAUCUUAGUUGGCUUUUCAGAGUAUCCCCGGGCUGAGUUCAUUCUCUCUCUCUUUGUUGCUGGGUUCUACACGAUGACACUGACAGGAAAUGCAGCCAUCAUUUUGGUGUCCAUCCUGGACAGCCGUCUCCACACCCCCAUGUACUUCUUCCUGCGAAACCUCUCAUUUCUGGACAUGUUCUUCACCACUUCCAUUGUUCCUCAGAUGCUGGUGAACAUGUGGGGAAAUAAUAACCACAUCAGCUAUCUCGGCUGCAUGGUGCAGUUUACCGUGGCCUUGGCUCUGGGCUCCACAGAAUGUGUCCUUCUGGCUGUCAUGUCUAUUGACCGUUAUGCUGCUGUUUGCUGGCCCCUCAGGUAUAGUACCAUUAUGCACCAACAGAUCUGCCGCCUCCUUGCCGCCAUAUCUUGGAUCUGGGGCUUUGGCAACUCUCUCUUCCAGUCCUCACUGGCCAUCAUUUUACCUCGAUGCGGUAACCACCGUGUGGACCAUUUCUUUUGUGAGAUCUUGAUCAUUGUCAAGCUCUCGUGUGUGGACACUCGACCAACAGAGUCAAAGAUGCUAGUGGCUCGCCUCAUCAUCCUUGUUGCUCCAUUUUCCGUCAUUCUCACCUCGUAUGCCUGCAUAGCCAGGGCUGUGCUCAGGAUGAAAUCUGCUGAAGGCCGAAGGAAGGCGUUUGGGACCUGUGCGUCUCACCUGAUGGUGGUCUUUCUCUUCUAUGGAACUGCCAUGUUCAUGUACCUUCAACCAAAAAAUAACUAUUCUCAGCAUCUGGGCAAGGCCCUGGCUCUUGUUUAUACCAUUGUCGCCCCCACCAUGAACCCGAUGAUCUACACCCUGAGGAACAAAGAUGUAAAGAGGGCAGUUAGGAAGAUUGUGGGGAAGGAUUCUCAGACUUCAUGA